AUGACGAAAAUGAGUACCGAUCCAGCAACCAGUGACACCGAAAGUGACGAUCAGGAGCUUUUCAAUCCUGGUCCACAAAAUGACGAAAGCUACUCUUCCAGUGAGGAAAGUGAAAGAAAACUUGAGCCGCUCCUUUCGGUGGCAUCUCGACUGCUCAAUUCAUCACCUCCAGCAAGUCCCAAUAUGCUGAAUACAUCAGAAGAAAUUUCAGAAAACAUUGAAGAAGUUGAAAAAUUCAAGAGUGAUAUCUUGCAGAUAUUUGAGAUGUUCGAUAUUAUUCGAAGACGUGAACUAUACAAUGAUCCAGACUACAAAGAAUAUUUCGAGAGCCUUAAUUCAUUUGACAAAAUUCUGAAAAAUUUCGUUUUUGGCAUGAAAGAUACAUUACAUACUAGCCAGUCAGAAGACAGUGAAGAGUAA